AUUGCAACACAGCAGUUCAUAGGGGAGGAUCUGAGCACCAGCCGGUCGGAGUGAAAGCGCAACAUUAGUGGUGGAAAGUUUACUGUGACUCAGUUGGGCGGAAGUCGAGCUCGAGCGAAGUCAGUGUGUGCAACAGGUGUCAGUUUGUGUAUGGUUUUUGUGACUCCCUACUUAAAAGCUUUGAAGUGGUUCGGAUAGUGAGGAGACAAGUUUUCGCCGGUUAGAAGAGUCUCAACAUGUCGAACCUCCGACCCAGAAUGUGUGUGCUGGAGAAAGGCACCAGCGGAUACGGGUUCCACCUGCACGGAGAGAAGGGCAAGACUGGGCAGUUUAUCAGGCUCGUGGAGCCCGAUACUCCCGCCUCCGCAGCCGGGCUGCUCGCGGGCGACCGCCUGGCGUUCGUGAAUGGAGAGAGCGUGGAGGGCGAGAGCCAUCAGCAAGUGGUCGCCAGGAUACGGGCCACCAACGGGCCUCUCGAGCUUAUUGUGGUGGACCCCGAUACGGCUGAGCUGCUGAAGAAACACAACUUGAUGUGCCGUAAAGAGUACGUCGAGGAGGGGAUUCCCCAGUUCGCAGGAGACAGCGACUCAGACCGCGGGGACACACACAGCAACGGCACCCCGAGGGAGUCCAGCCCUGUCCCGCGUGAGAACGGGGAUGCUUCCUCGGUGAGGUCGGACAGGUCAGGGAGGCUGAGUGUCAGCUCCAGCACCAAGGAGGAGAGCAGCGGGCUGCGGCCUCGUCUCUGCCGCCUGAAGAAGGGACACAGCGGCUACGGCUUCAACCUGCACAGUGAGAAGUCCAAACCAGGCCAGUUCAUCAGAGCUGUGGAUGACGACUCUCCAGCACAGAGAGCAGGCCUCAGACCACAGGACAAGAUCAUCGAGGUUAAUGGCAUAUCAGUGAUUGGCAAGCAGCACUCAGAGGUGGUUGCUGCCAUCAAAGCAGGAGGAGAUGAGACCACACUGCUGGUGGUGGACGCAGAGACUGAAGAAUUCUUUAAGAAAUGCAACGUCGUGCCCACUGAGGAACACGUCACCGGACCUCUUCCUGAGCCAGCAUCAGAGGGGGAGGAGGCAGCAGCAGAGAUGAAGCCUAAAGUGACUGUGAGCUCGUCAGCCUCCAGUGCCUCCUCCAACGCCUCCCUGCCAACCAGCAGCUCCCCACCUGCUCAGGAGGAAAAGGCCCCGGAGUCAGUCCCAGCAGCCGACAGUCUGGGUCUGGGCAUGUCGCUGGCCCAGGCCAGAGAAAGAGCCCAUCAGAAACGAGCUGCCAAGAAAGCCCCGCCCAUGGACUGGAGCAAGAGGAACGAACUGUUCAGCAACUUAUAAACAUCACCAUCAUCAUCAUCAUCAUCGCCAUCAUCGCCAUCAGGUCCAUCUCCUCCCAACCUGUCUGUACUGCCCUGUCUGUUCUCUGGAUUUGGUUUUUACUUUGACACAAUGUUCGUUCGGAACAUUUUAAACUCCUUUGUUGAACAGUAUUAUUUGGUGAUUUUUUUUUUGUUUUAAUUUAGUUUUGCCACUUUUAUUUCAUGUUUUAAUAACUGUUGAUGUCACACAGGAAUGAAUGUUAAUAUAUUAAGAAAAAUGGUUAAAAGAGGAAAAUAGUGAUGUACAGUUUCUCAUAUGAAAGGACCAUGUAAGGAAUAACGGGGCACAUGGGGGAAUAAUUAUUACUGGCAGAUUUUGAAUUUAAAAUCUACCGUUUAAACGAAUGUCAGAUUUUGAUGUCUGCAAUCAGCAACUAGAAUGAAAGAAUAUCCUCAUCAGUAUCUGUGAAUGAUCAAUGCUGAGUAACUGUCCUGAGCCCUCACUGCCAACACAACCAUUCCACGACAAUCUGAAUCAUCAGUGUGUUUGAGUCUUAAAGUGGUCCAAGGAAAACAAUCUGUCAUGUCACUCCAGGGUUUCUGUCUUCAUAUAUGAUUCAAGGAAAUCACACAUUUAUUUUUUCAUGUUGCUCUUGAUAGAUGAUUGUACAUACAUGAAUAAAUGAUUUUAGAGGACAUUUUAUUUGGACUGACCUGAGAGAAAUGAAGCUCCUCACUAAGUUUUGUUGAUUCUGCUGAACCUGCAGGAAUUCAAAGCUGCAUCUGUUGGUCUGAGCAUCGACUAUACAUGAGAAUUUUACCAUAAGAAAAUAUAAAGUGUGCAGAUGCUGGCUCUGUGCUGUUAAAUGUAUUGAUGAGCAUUGAUAAAUAUAAUGUUUUGAUCAAAUGGAA